CCAUACAUCUAUGACUCAGGAAAUGGUCCAAGGGUCAGAGACACGCGGGCCUUUCUAGCGUCGCGUUAUUUCUCGCAACCACCUGCAUUGGAUGAUCCAUUAUGUGCCGAGUUUGCGCAAGAGGAAGUACUGCAGAUGCUACAGACGGUUUUACCCGAAGAGUUGGCUUUAAUCCUCUGGUAUAACAAAAGCCGAGCUUCAAGUCGAAUCUGCCCGGCAUGUCAAAGAUUAUACCGUGUCGGAGAUGUGUUACCAGAUCAUGCAUUGACUGGCAGUGCGAAGUCAGAGUUAAACUCUCUGCAAAGACCGUCUGAACUAGAAAGGGAACAACAACUGAGUGGUCUCUGUGCGUAUAUGUGUUUCAUACUAGCGUCUUUCAACCAGUGCGAUCCCCGCACGACGAAAGCCGCAUGGGGUCACACUGCGAAUGAAAUUAACGACGAAUCCUGGGCAGUACUCAAUGGAGGCUCGUCGUUGCUUCUCAAAGACGGGCCAGGUCAAAAUGCGGCCAAGGCUCUGGUCAUGAUCGUCCGUAUGACCCGGUUAGACGAUCUCGGUCUAGCACAGUUAUGUUUCCCCGACGUGAAUUGGGAA